AUGGUUCCUCCAAUCCUUAAAACACGCGAAGAAUACCAAAAGCUGGUCGACUCCGUAGAUACUUUCUUACUUGAUUGUGAUGGUGUAAUCUACCAUGGACCGAAAGUAGUUCCUGGAGUGAAGAUAGUCCUUGAUAUGUUCAGAGAGCAAGGUAAAAAAAUUAUAUUCGUAACGAAUAACGGAACGAAAUCACGUAGAAAGUUGAAGGAGACUUUCGAUAAACUUGGUUUGGGAGCUACCAUCGAAGAAUGCUUUGGUUCAGCUUAUGCAUCAGCUGUUUACCUCUCUGAAGUCAUGAAAUUCCCUAAAGAUAAGAAAGUAUAUGUGGUAGGAGAAGAGGGUCUAGAAGAAGAAUUAGAUGAACUUGAGAUCGCCCAUUCUGGUGGUAGUGAUCCGGAAGAUAGGGAUUUCAAACCGCCUAUUGUCUGGGAAGACUUCAAACCUGAUCCUUCCGUAGGAGCUGUUCUAUGUGCUUUUGACUCUUGGAUAAAUUACAAGAAAAUGGCUAAAGCAAUGACAUAUCUACGUCAAAACGAAGAAUGCGUUUUAAUCCAAACAAACACUGAUCCAACCUUCCCCACUCACGGUACGCUAUAUCCUGGUUCAGGGUCAUUAUCAAUCGGAAUCGUGAAUGCAUCUGGAAGAACUCCGUUAGUCAUAGGUAAACCUAACAAAUCAAUGAUGGAUGCUAUUCUUGCUCAUCACAAAUUCGAUCCCUCGAGAGCAUUAAUGGUGGGAGAUAAUCUAUUGACCGAUAUUGAAUUCGGUUUGAAUAGCGAAAUCAGAACUUUACUAGUGAUGGGAGGUGUAACUCCUAGAGAUCAAAUAUUUGGUGAUAAACCAAGUAAAACAGUACCGACUUUUGUAAUGGAAUCGUUUGGUGAUCUGGCAGUUUUGGCAGAUAAAGAAUAG